AUGACCGAGUCUACGUUCAGACAAUAUUAUCUUUCCGAAAAGAAAGGAUUUCACUGCCUGGUUCUUCGGACUGUUCCGAAAACCUCUCCUAAAUUUGGCCAAAUUCUGGUGCGCAUCAAGGCAGUGUCAUUAAAUUGGAGAGAUGGAGUUAUUGCGUUAGGAACCUAUCCAUUUCCCGGCCCCGAUGCCCUUGUGCCUGGAAGUGAUGGGGCUGGAAUUGUUGAGGAGGUCGGAGAAGGCGUUACUGAGUGGAAAGUCGGCGACCGAGUUCUAGCCAAUUUCACCCAAGAUCAUAUCGCAGGAAGACUGACCCGACAGAGUCUCUUAUCCCAGCUGGGUGGAGAGACUCAGGGCCUUCUCGGCGAAUACUUCAUUUUUCCAAAGAGUGGGGUGGUCAAAAUCCAUGAUUACCUGUCUUUUGAAGAAGCUUCCUGCCUGCCUUGUGCCGCACUCACGGCGUGGAACGCCCUCUAUGGAUUCGUGCCCAUCCGGCCCGGCCAGAGUGUCCUUCUUCAGGGCACUGGCGGUGUGUCUACUUUUGGAUUGCAAAUUGCACAUGCUGCCGGUGCAACAACAAUCGUGACAUCCUCGUCUGAUGAAAAAUUGUCCAAAGCUAAGCAGUUGGGGGCCUCCCAUCUCAUUAACUAUCGGAAAACACCCCGCUGGGCCGCUGAGGUCAUGAGAAUUACUAACGGUCACGGAGUCGACCAUAUCAUCGAAGUUGGUGGGACUCUCACAUUGCAGGAGUCGUUCGACGCGAUUGCCCUGCAUGGAGUUAUCCACUGCAUCGGCCAUAUUACCAACCCUGAUCCGCUGGGUGCUGGUAGAGACCUUCGUGGGCCAGAUGCAGCUUUCCUAGCCUUGGACCGACUCUGCAUCGUUCGGGGUGUGGUGGUAGGGUCGCGAGAGCAGCUGCAGGAUAUGCUUGAUUGUUUCCAGGCAAACAUGAUUCGACCCGUGAUUGACAAGGUUUUUGACUUUGAGAAGACAAAGGAGGCAUAUGAAUAUUUGUGGAGGUCCAACCAUACGGGAAAAGUGGUUAUUCGAGUGCCUUGA